AUGGCACCAUAUGGCAAGUAUGCCCUUAUUCCACUCUUCCUGGCUCUCAGUGCCUUUGGCGGCUACGCAACACUCGGCGCCCUGGGUAAAAACGGCCUCGGCGCCGUCCUGAGAGACGUGCUGACGGGCUCACGGUCCGCCCUCGUCGGGGCCCCGGAACCAUUCAAGCGGUCGUAUACCGGCAUCAGCAGAGUCGAUCGCCAGCUCAGCACCCUCGUCGCCUUCUUCUCGGCGGCCAUCGACGGCGACGUGCCGCCGGAGAACCUCCUGGUCUUCGUCUGGGGCAUGUCGCAGUUCGCCGCCGGCUGGACCCUCAUGCUACUCGAGAGCCUGCGGGCGGGGAACAGCGGGCGCGUCGUCAGCUACGCCCCCAUCCUGGGCUUCUUCAUGCAGAACCUCACCUGGACCGUCUCCCUGCCCAUCUGGCUCGUGCUGCAUCUGCUCACCUCGCCUGUCGCGAAGCUCCAGAGCGCCGACGGCGCGACGGCCAAGAAGGCGCUCGAGCCCCGCAACCCGUGGGACGCGGCUCUCAUCCCCAUAUCGGUAGUGCUCGCCUUCGUCGUGCCGACCGUGAUGAUGAAGGUCCCCGGGCUGAGCGCGUCGGCGCACUACACCUGGCACGCGAUCUGGCAGGUCUUCCCGCUGUGGAACGCGCUCCUCCUGCCCCUCCUGCGCCUGGGUCAGAACCGCACGCCUGGGCCGGGCAACAAGACGCCCGGUCCGUCGUCCGUCUACAAGUUCGCGCUGCUCCUCGCGGCCGUCGGCCACUUGCCUAUCGCGGUGCUGUCCGUCCUGCCCGGCCCUCUCCGCUCCCUGCUCGCAGCCCACGCGCCCGCCCUCCUCCGGCCGUUCGUCGAGCGCGGCACCCUCGCCAACAUCUUCGUCCCGCCCUCCUGGCCCCUGAGCGCGCACCAGUUCAGUGUCGACCCCACGGCCUACACGAGCCUCGAGAGGUCGCACCUGGCGACGCAGUUCCUGCAGUACGACAUCUACGUCGGCGCGGUGCCGUUCCUGCUCUGGGCGCUGUACCUGCACCGGACGGCGGCGAAGAGCGCCGGCCUCGUCGACGCACUGGCCGGGGCCGGGUUCUGGUUUGCAGUGGGCGGACCGCAUGCUGCUGUGGCCGCGCUGCUCUGGAACCGGGACAAUGAUGUGCUGGAGAGUGGGGACGGGGCGACGAAGGAGGAGAAGAAGAAGAACUAG